GCCUUUGAGCUUAGCGUGUACUAAGGUUUGUCCGAAUCCCUCAGUGUUGCGUUCCAAUAAAUCUUUCCUGACUCCUUUCUCAGAUGAGAACCACACAGCGGCGGCGGUGGCGGCGGCGGCCGAGAACAGCAGACUGCUGGACAUCCCGCGCUAUCACUGCGAGGGCACCGAGUCGCCCUAUCAGACCGGACAGCUCCAUCCUGCCAUACGGGUGGCCGACCUGCUGCAGCACAUCAAUCUGAUGAAGACCUCCGACAGUUACGGCUUCAAAGAGGAGUAUGAGAGCUUCUUUGAGGGUCAGUCUGCUUCCUGGGACGCAGCAAAGAAAGAGCAAAAUCGAACGAAGAAUCGAUACGGGAACAUCAUUGCAUGUAAGAGUGUAGAUGCGGGAGCCGGCCGGACUGGGUGUUACAUCGUGAUUGACAUCAUGCUGGACAUGGCAGAGAGAGAAGGGGUGGUGGACAUCUACAACUGCGUCAAAGCUCUGCGCUCCAGACGAAUCAACAUGGUUCAGACUGAGGUGCGUUUGCAUGCUUCAAUCAUGAGACUGAGUACGGUCCUCUAA